AUGACUCAGAAAAAUAUUGAUGAUUUAUUUUCUCUAUCGUCAUCAUCGACUCGUUCAUCAACUAAACGUUCUCGUGCAAAUCCUCUACCUACAAACGAUCGUGAUGAUUUUGAUGAUAUAUUUGAAACGAAACGUCGGUGCACCAAAAAUAGUAAUCACAAUAAAACUAAGUCAUCAACCGAUGUUUUUGAUUUUGAUACACAAUCAACAUCAAUGAGUACAAUGAAAAAACGUGAAAACGAUAAUUCAAUAGGAUCAUCUGCAAUUAAACGCCGUAUCAGUGAUGAUAAUGAUGAUGAAAAAAAAGCUAUCGAUGAGCUUUUUAAUAAUAAUAAACAAAAAAAGAUUCGACCUCAAAUAAAACAUGAAGAAUCAACGGAUCUAUUGGAUAUGUUUAAAACAAGAAAAAUUACAAAUGUUACUCAAACGAUAACAUCAACUAUGGAUGGUUUUAAAAUUCCGAUAACUUCAAAAAAUUUAACGACACAAAAAAAAGUGAAAAUGUUUUUCGAUGAUAGUGAUCUUGUAUCAUUACGUGAACAAGUUAAACAACAAAAUGAUAUCAAAGAUUACACUCAAAUCAAACCCGUGUUGGUUACCGGUGGACAAUGGCUAUCGAAAGAAGCUGAGACAAAGUCAACAUUCAAAAUGAACGAACCAUUGAAUACUCCAACUAUCAGUAGUGAUAUUCCAGAUGACGAACGCAAUUUAAUGCACAUUCAGUAUGCAUCACUUGUAGUGGACGAUGAGUACGAAAAUAGUAAAAAAUCAAAAAGUAAUUCUGUAACAUCUAAAUUCAAUAAACAAACACUUGAUGGAAAAUCAUUUCGUAAACAACAUGUUCAAUCCGAUACCACAAUUGUACGAAAAGAAAAUUUCCAGAGUUGUUAUAAUGCUCUUCUUGAAGAUCUUAAUAAACCACGAAUGCCAACAACAACAACAUCAUCAUCAUCAUUAUCAUCCAACAAACCAAAAAAAAGUGCGAAAUCAAAAAUUUCUCAGGAUAUUGAAAUUAUUCUUAGUGAUGAAGAACAAAUGGAUGCUGUUGACUUUUUUGAUUUACCAUCACGAACAAAGAAAUUUUGA